UGAAUCGUCCGCCGUCCAUUCUAGCACGUGCACAUUCGAUAUUCCGGCGAGCCACCUUUGGCGCCGACCACCUAUUUCAGCUCCGGCGUCUGAAAACUCAGAAACGUCCUCGCAGUUGCCAAAAAGAAAAUGACCGCCACGUGUGCGGCUUUAAACACAGCUGGACCCACAAAAAGCUGAAUUUUAUUACGCCACGUCAUCCAACGUGGAAAUUCAAAGCACACCUCUCCAAGUAAAAGGGAAUCGGCGUGUAAAUCUUCACGUCCGGACAAAUUCCGGCCAAAUAUGCUUCGAAUCUUCCUUCUUCUUUACUUGGUAUUAAUAAAACGAACAAAAUUCUUUCGAAAACCAAAUACACGAACAAUGGUGGCCACUCGAUUCAUGCAGCGACUUCGGCCAGCCUCCGCCGUGUCUUCCUCUUCCUCUUCUUCAUCUCCAUCGUCGGCGAUGACCGUGAGGUGUUUGGGCAAAACAGGGCUAAAUUUGAACAAUGGCGAACGGUUAAUAACUUCUGGAGAUGGCGAGAGAAAACAGAUAGUCGCCGUGAAGGCGGCGGCGGCUCCCCAGACUGUGGAAACUAGAACCGAAGAACUGAAUUUGGGUUCUUUGCUGGCGAAUCUGCUCGUUCAAUUGAAGACUACCGUGGGGAAGACGAAGAUUCAGAGGCGACAGAUUCAAAAGUUCAUAGAAAAGAUAAUAAUCGACUGUCGAUUCUUCACAUUGUUAGCUGUCGCCGGAUCUUUACUGGGUUCAAUACUCUGUUAUAUUGAGGGGAGUUUCAUUGUUGCAGAGUCAUAUCUGCAGUAUUUCCACGGUCUUUCACAAAGUUCGAACCAAAAUCAUACGGUGGAGCUUCUAAUUGAAGCCUUAGAUAUGUUCCUCGUCGGAACUGCUCUGGUUGUCUUUGGGGUCGGAUUGUUUGCAAUGUUCAUUGGAUCGGGGAAGAUGAAGGAAAAAAAUCGGCCAGUCAUUUCUGGGUCGAAUUUUUUUGGUCUGUUCCGCAUGAAGAAAAUUCCGACGUGGGUAGAAAUGGAAUCAAUGUCGCAGGCGAAAUCGAAGAUCGGACAUGCGGUGAUGAUGAUACUGCAAGUGGGUGUGUUAGAAAAGUUUAAGAAUAUACCUUUAAGCUCUGCCGUCGAUCUCGCAUGUUUUGCCGCCGCCGUUAUGGUUUCCUCCGCCUCCAUCUUCUUCCUCUCCAAACUCAAUUUGGGAGGAGGCGGCAGUGGCGGUUUUAAGUGAACCAUUGUAUGGCCGUGCGUCGUUGUUCAUUGCCUUCCACAAAUAUAUGUAAAUUUUGGGAAGUUUUAGACUUAGGAGAAGGCGAGAGAUUACCAAUUCUUUUAAUUGUUAUUAAUUAUUGUUUGUUCCAAAACCUAACACUUUGCACCUUUAAUUGAGUUGAUAAUACAAAUUCAUUGGAAGUA